AUGAUUGUUCAUUCCCCAAAGUUCAAAAUAGAACACAUGGCUCCAUUGAGUCAACAUUAUAAAGUAUUAAUAGAAGAGGAACCUAUAAUUGAUAUAACUGAAUGUGACCAAACUAAAAUCUCCUUUAAUGAAAAAUUAAUUGUUUGUGAUUACCAACCAUGGCAGACUGUUAUUUAAAUAAGAAAAACAAUUGAAAAACUUAAAGGAUAUUCAGAUUUACAUUGGAUUAAUCCUGUCCUAGAUUCCAAUCUAAAAAACACUUUUAAAUCUAUUUUAAAAAAUUCUCCAAAACUGUAAUCCAAUAAUGUUUGA